AUGAGUCUCAAUCGACCGCUGAGCUUCAUCGGAGGCCCAACACCAUACCAAGAAUCACUUCCCCGACCGCCUCCCGAUGGCCGAUUUCUGACUGUUGAUACUCGAAGAGCACUCAAGAGGACCGAUUCCGAAGGCUCCGCUACCGAAACAUCCCCUGUUAAUGGCGACCCGAACAAAAGACCUCAUCAGCUCUCUCCAAACCAGCGAAGCAACUCGUUCGAACAAGGACCUAAAUCGCCAUUGUCUCCUACGCUUUCACUUCGCGAUGUUCAAGCCGACUCUCAAUUCUCUCUUACCAACAUUGACAAUCCCAGUGAUAUUGCUCUGGAAUUGAGUAAUUUGCAAGCGCUCAGGCGGCUAUCGAUGGAUGUUGGAAAUAACAAGGAUCCGGAUAUGCCACCCAUGUCUUUAAUGGCUAUGCCGACAAUAGCACCCAGCGGCGACGACGAUGAAAAUGAUCCCUCAAGACUCCUCUGGGUACCUGCAAGAGUCCAUCCAGAACUCGCCCCUGGCGAGUUCAAGUCGUUCCUUGAGAAUCGAGUUCAAUCCAUAAAACGAAGGUCCGGCGACUCAUUUCUAUCUGCUGAUACCGAUAUGAGCGAAGGCGACUCGGGGAUAGGGGGACUCAGACGGAAAAAGUCCAUGCUAUCUCGUCAAAUAGAUAGUUCCAGUGAUCGGGGCUCUGUCGAUUACGUUGAUGGCGCUGACCGAUUGGACCGCAAACGCUCACGCGGCCACAGCCAUGAACUCAGCCUGGAAGAACUCGUCAAGGAUCCUACAAAGGCGGUUCAGAAGUUUGCCCAAGAAUCUCAAAUAGCACCAACCGGACCUGAGGGUAGUAUAGAUGACCUACCAAUUCUACCGGCUGCCCCUGGGAUGGGUCUUCGCAGAUCAACUCGAACAACGUAUCGCAAGGGUGGCAGUAUACGCACUGGACCCCUUGCCCGUCGAUCCGGACACCGUCAGCAACCUAGUGGGGACCUGACGUCUGCUCUGGAAGCUCCGCCGGGUCAUGGUCUUUCACGGGUUCAGUCAGAGCCUGUAGCAGACAACUACUCACGGCAGAAUCAAGCAGUGAAGAGACCGCAGAACUUGUCCCAGGAGUCGUUGGAGGAUUUUGAACACUACGAUGGAGCCUCCCAUGGAACUAAUGGGGGCUAUACAGACACAUUUCAAGAGCAGCUACCUGUUCGAUCAUCACCAAGUCUUUCAACAGUUGAUACUUCAUCUUACAAGGACAGCCAAGACCAGAGCCAGCAGAAAUUCCCUAAGCGAUCAUCGUCGCAGAACGCAAAAAACCCUCCGGUCUCUCAGAGGAUGUCUGAACCUGAACCACCGAUAGAGGAAGAACCUAGUCGUAGUAGCCGACGAAGCUUUAGUCGGCAGACUGCGCCACAGCCUGCCGCACAGCAGCAAACGUCUCGAUCUUCUUAUCCCCAAAGCCAGUCUUUGAAUGACAAUCUUGCAGCGAACCCAUCACUCAUCCCUGGCAGUGGCGCAUCGCGAACCGACAGUCUGACUUUUAUACCAACACUAACUCCAGAAGAGCGAAAACCAGACAAAAAGUCCAAGAAAGAUAAGGAUGAUGAGGCGGGCUCGACCAAAUCUGGAAGCGCUUGGAAAUGGUUCAAGAGCAGUGAAGACAAGGAUAAGAAGAAGGACGAAAGCAAGAGAUCUAAGACCAAAUCUCUUGGUGACAGGGGGCAAGACAACGCACGGCUGGAUGUCAUACAGACGUCGAUCGAUAAAAACGCACCCAAGGGCCGUGAAAGUCUUGUGCUUGACCGUGACAAUGUAGAAAACAAACUACAGGAAGAGCGCAAGAAAGAAAGCCACCGCAAGAGCGACUCCAAGAGGGACAAAGACGGUAGCAUCUUCUCAUCUAUCUUUGGAGGCAGCAAGAAGAAGGAAGAGAAAGAGCGAAACUCGAAGAAGACUCAGCACCUCAAGGUCCCCGAGGAGCCAGUGUACAAGCCCUUAGUCCCCGAUGUCGAUUAUCACUGGUCAAGAUUUCCUCUGCUCGAGGAGAGGGCGAUUUAUCGAAUGGCGCACAUUAAACUGGCCAACCCACGUCGACCACUGCACAGCCAAGUUCUGCUGAGCAACUUCAUGUACAGCUACCUGGCUAUCGUCCAGGCCAUGCAUCCUCAAAUGAACGUACCGGUGUCGCCGCAGCAAAAACGACUGGAAGAAGAAGCUCGAAGGAAGCAACAGGAACAAGAAUACCUGGCUCAACAAAGAUCGCAGGAAGAGCAGGAUGCUCAAGAAGCCAUGGAUCAAUAUGACUUCGACUAUCAUCGGGCUGCGGUACAAUAUGGCGAGUCAGGUAGUGGCGAGGUUGAUUAUGUUGACGAUGCUCAGAUUUAUGAGGAUGAGCACGGAAACGAUAACAACCGCCAAGACUAUAGCUACGAUGACCCCGAGGGGUACGGCCCGGGGGCCAAAGAGUACUACCACCAGUAUCAGGACAACGGUGAUGAUCGUCGGCAUGAUGGGCGGGAUGACAUGUGGUGA